AUGUAUCGUGGUUAUAGGGAAGGAUGGUUAGCGCUACCAGCAGCUCUCAUUGCGGUGAAAGACCCUACUGGCAAGGAGAUAUUUGGUUGCGUCUCUUUUCCCAGUGGUGCUGGAAAAACUGCGUUUGCUACCAUGACACCUACUUUGAAAGAUUGGCAAGUUCGCAUGCUCGGUGAUGAUGUCGUGUGGAUCAGAUGUACGCGUAGUGGGAAGCUUCAUGCUUUAGCACCAGAAAAUGGGCUAUUUGGUUGUGCGUUCGGCCUAACUCCUCAACAUCAUGCAUACUUGCUCAAGAUGAUUUCAAAGAAUGCUAUACUAACAAACUGUGCUUCAACUAGUAAAGGGAAGUACUACUGGGAGGCAUUAAAUUCUGCGUUGGAGAAACAAGAACGGGUUAGGGACUGGAGAGGGGAGCAUUGGAACUCCAGACAAAAUAGGUAAUU